AUGUUGAGCAAUGCACUUGUUCUUGAAUGUGAAUACAAAGUAAGAAGUCAGUGGAUGGUAAAAAAUAUUUAUCAUUGCGACGAAGGAAGAAUAAUUUUUGUUGGUGAUCCAAAUAAUGUGACAGAAGUAACUUUGAAUCACCUUGGUGGUAGAAGAAAUGAAGACGUUGAAGGAUUAAAAAUGAAAGAUCAUCAAAAUUUAAUGUUCUUGCCUCGAAAUAUUAAUCACUUCUUUCCAAAUCUAAAAUCCAUUGCUGUUAUUAGUAAUUUAAUCAAGAACAUACAACAAUCAGACAUCAGCGUUUUCCCGAAAUUAAUACAAUUAGAUUUGUGGUCUAAUAAAAUAUCGUCAAUUGAUUUCAACCUUUUCCAGAAAAAUUCAAAGUUGAAAGCAAUUAGUUUCGGUGCAAAUCCAGUGCAACACAUAGGAUAUGACGUAUUCGAUCAUUUGACUGAACUCGAUUCGAUUAGUUUUACAAGUACUUGUCUCGAUAUUGAUGGUAUUGAAGGUAAUAGAGCCAGAGUUCUCAAUGAGUUGCAUAAACUUGCUCGAAAUUGUCGUCCGACAAUCGAUAUGUUGGAACGACGAAUUCUUGGAGGAGAAUAUUUUGAACAACAAAUCGCUGCGAAAAUAAGUUCCUUGACUAUGGAAAUCUCUCAGUUGCGUCAAGAAUUAACUCAGUUGCGUCAAGAAACAAUUCAGUUUGACAGUCGUGAUAAGGAGAUGAUCAAGCAGAGUUGGAAGUAUGCACAAAAUUUUUAA